CUCUAUACUUCAAAUAUUAGUCUUAUGACUUUGAGAAUAUAUUGAUUCCAGAAAGAAAAAAAAAAAAAACCCUAUUGUAUUUCAGCACGUCACCAUGUACCUGGAGUCCACAUCACCAUGCCACGUCAUCAAUCACACACCAGUGACCAACCGAAACACAAAAUCUGCACUACCCCACUACUACUCCAUUCAGAAGUAUUUGAACAUGCUGCACUAAAAAGAAAGAAGAAAAAAAAUGAAUUGAGAGAAAAACGAGGACUGAGUCAGUUGCUUGUGUAGCAAGUGUGGUGUGAAAUUGUGAAUAUUGACUUCGAUUAGAGAGCAACAAGACUUGAGUAAUAUUAAUAUUGUAUGGUUUCUUAGACAAGAUUUGAAGAGUUUUCCAUCUGGGCCAAGAAAGUGAAAGAAAAUCAUAAGAAACUCUUUGUGAGGAGAUUGAAAAUUGUGAAUGCAUCUCAAAUAGAUCAAUAGCAUAGUCAUUGGCCAUGUUGAACAACUCUGAUACCACCACACCACCUCCACAGAUCAUCCAAAUCCCACCACAAGUUCCACAGCAAAGGCUUUCAUUCUCGGUCCCCAUCAAGGCACAAGUUUCAAGCUUUCCUAACACAACAACAGUGGCGGCUCAAACAGCAAGAAGGGUCUUCAAGAUUCUCUUCUACUUGCAUUUGUUCCUAGUUGCAGCCUUGGUGACUUUCCUUACCAUAUAUGGUCUUGUCUCUGAUUCUCACACCCACCAUUUCCACCCCAAGAAAUGGUACCCUCCACUUCUUGCAUCAACAGCAUGUGCUGGAAUUGUUGGUUUCACAUGGCAAUGGAUCACUGCAAGCCACUCCACAAGGGUGGUUAGGUUGGUAUUUUGGCUUAGUCCCCUUCUAACAUGUGCAAUGGGAAUUAUGUUUGUGUGCAUUGGCACUGCAGUGAGUCUGGCAGUUGGUGUAAUUGCUUUGGUUUGUGCAUUAGUUCAAUCCCUCUAUUUUUGUUGGGUCAAUCCUAGAUUUGAAUAUGCCACAAAAAUCUUGUCAGUUUCAGUAGCUUUUCCUCCAAACAGAACCCAGGGGCUAACCCUUUACUCAAUCCUCAUUGGAAUCCUUUAUUGCUGUUUUCUGUUGGCUGGGAUUGGAGGGGCUAGAGCAAUUGAAAACAGAACCCAACUAGCAGAAUUUUUCAUCUUCUUGAUCUUGCUGAGCCUAGGGUGGACUAUGCAGUUUCUGAAGAAUGCAAUGUAUGUCACUAUUUCAAGGGUCAAGUACAUGCAUUUUGCAGGAGGAGUUGACAUGGACACUAGAGUGGCAGUUUGUGACACAAUCAAGCACUUAACUGGAAGUGUUUCCAUGGGCUCCAUCCUCGUUCCCGUCAUUGUGCUCUUCCGGGGUUUUGCACGAACCACGAGUCUGGUUGGAGGAGACACAGAUGAAUUCAUGUUUUCCUGUGUUAGCUGCUAUAUGGGGGUAGCAUCUCUUCUUGUGGUCCGUGGGAACCGGUGGGGUUUUGUGCAUGUUGGAGUUUAUAACAAAGGGUUUGUGCAGGCAUCUUGUGAUACUUGGGAGAUGUUCAUUAGAGUUGGAUUGGAGCAACUCAUAGACUUGGAUCUCACAGGGGCAUUCUGUUUCCUUAGUGGUGUUGGAACAGGUGCAAUAUGUAGUCUGGUGAGUGGAAUUUGGAGUAUUGUAAUGCACAAGAGCUAUGCCACAGAAGUGUCCAUUUAUGCUUUCCUCAUUGGAUAUUUCAUGUGUCGAUUGGCUAUUGCAUGGGUACAAGCUUGUGUUUCAGCUUACUAUGUUGCCUACGCAGAAAAUCCACAGAGCACUCAGUUUGAUUCCACUAUUCCAAUACGCUUGGAGCAGCUUAAUAGAUCUCAAGCUUUGCAAAUAUUCAGAGCUAAUAAUUUGAGCUGAGUCUAAAUAAUGAAGGAACAGUAAUUCAAGUUAGCUUCAUUAUCCCCCGGGAUUUGGAAGGACAAUUUUUGCAUUGUAUAUAAUGAUUUAGUUUUUGAUGUAGUCUUGAAUUAUGUUAAAUCUUUAUAAUGCCGGUUCUCUAUUUUUGUACAUGAAUAUAGACAGCAACAUGCAAUGAACAGCUCCAUUUAGUUAGGACUGAUAGUCAUAGCUGAUAGUGUACAACUGAAACAACAAAACCAUAUGUUAUAUAUAUAUAUAUAUAAACCAUGACCACAA